GCAGAGUAAAGACGCAAUAUCUUGGAGCAAUGGCGCGGCAGCUGCUGGGUCUGCUGAUAUUGUCCAGUGUGCUUUUGUGUGUGGUCGCCCAAUCGCUCGGUCCGAAUCGUUUGACAUGCGGCAAGCGAAGAGUCAAGACGAUCCAUCUGGUUCAAAAUGGGAUCGACGCAAAACCGGGUCACUGGCCAUGGCAUGCGGCAAUCUUUCACCGCAAGGGCGAUCAGUUAGAUUACGCAUGUGGGGGAUCCAUCAUUGACGAGAACACCAUUCUCACGGCGGCUCAUUGCGUUUUCCUUGUGAAUGGGCUACUGCCCGUGAGCCGGAUUUCGGUCCACCUGGGUCGGGUUCAUCUGAAGGAGGUGAGCGAGUUCGUGCAGGAGCACACGGUGCAGGAAUUGAUAGUGCAUCCCGGAUACAAUUCGAGUAGAUUCGUGAACGAUAUCGCACUGAUCAAGCUGACGGGGAGCAUCACGAUGAGCGAGUUCGUGCAGCCCGUUUGUCUGUGGACGAUGGAUAAAAACCAGGAGCUGAUUGUGGGAAAAACCGGUACCCUGGUGGGCUUUGGUCUGAAUGAGCAGGACGUCGUGUCGGAGCAGCUGAAGCAAGCGUCGAUCGGUGUGGUGGACGCGCUGACGUGCAUCAAGAGUGAUCGUUUGUCGUUCGCCAAUCAGCUUACGGCGGAGAUGUUCUGUGGCGGCGGCCAGUCGAACGUGAGUGCUUGUAAUGGGGACAGUGGUGGGGGUUUGUUCUUCAACGUAGAGGGCAAAUGGUUUGUGCGGGGCGUAGUAUCGUUCAUUCCAGUUCGCCAGCGGACGGGACUGUGCGAUCCGUCCAAAUACACGGCCUAUGCCGAUGUGGCCAAGUAUUUGGGGUGGAUCGAUCAGUACAUCGAUCGGCGCGUGCUCGUGUUCGAUACCGACGAGCUGGAGGUGGAUUACGAGGAGAAGCUUCCACUGUUCAAUCUGAACACUUGUGGCACGAAGAGCGAGACGGUGCUGGCCACUGGACAACCGGCUCCCCUGCCUUGGCUUGGGUUUGUUCUGACGAAGGAGGAAAAGGUCAAGUGUGUCGUUACACUCGUCAGCGAAUGGUACGUGGUGGGCACGGCAAGCUGUUUUGAAAAGAAUGGGAAAGAUUUGCGGAUUUUGUUCGGCGGCUAUAAAGAACUACAUGAGCAAAAGUGCUUCGAGCGCAACGGCUCGACGGUAUGCGCCUAUCCAACGCAAUCACGCUCGAUCGGGAGAGUAGUGGCCCAUCCCAGGUUUAGCAAAAACACAAUCAACGAUAAUAUAGCGCUGAUCGAACUGCAAAGUCCCGCCGACACGACGCAACCUCACGUGAAGCCCAUCUGUUUGCCGGUAACGCCAACGCUUUACACCAACCAAACGGAGAACUUUUCCGUUCUGGCGUUGCGGUUGGCUCUUGGGACCAUCAUCGAUCAGGAUGUCAUCUAUUUAGAUUCCGAGUUUUGUACAACAGUACUCUUAAACACUUCGUUUGCGAUCGAUAAUGAGGAAAAAAGCAUUUGUGUAAUAGUUCCGAAGGAGGAUGUUGCAAACUGCGAUGGGUUGCUCGGGCAGGGUGCUCCACUACAGGAGUAUGUGAGCACGGUCGAUGCUGGUGAGCGUUACGUACUGCGAGGAUUCGACCUGUUUGGGAUAACCUGUGCCGGAAGGAAAUCCAUACCGCUAUGGUUCGUGAAUAUAUACUCUUACCUCGACUGGAUGCUGUACAAUAUGCGAUACAACGAAGCAGUAAACGAGGACGGGCAGGAACUGAUCGCGAAUGCAACGCUUGCAAAAUGGAGAGAGCGCCAGCAGGCUGUCGGAAGUGAAAAGCUAAAGCUCUUCAACAUGGAAUCCUGUGGCCAGGAUGUAGUAUUUGAGACCAAAAUCUUGGAUAAGGUUAUAAAUACGAUGAUUGUCAUGCCGUGGAUUGGAACGCUGAAAUCUGUCGAUAAUCCAAGUAAAGGAAUGAGGGAAUCAGAUGGUUUGGUCGUUUUGAUCAACGAACGUUACGCAUUAACAGCAGCAAACGUUUUCCGCCCUGAUGUACAAUGGCGAUCGAUUACGCUAAAGCAUACCUUGUUUUCAAUAGAGGAAAAAUCAUGUAAAUUUGGACCAUGUUCUCCUCCACCGUCUUCGGUGGAGAUUAAGUAUGUCACUAUUCAUCCACAGUAUAACGGCACGCUGAAUGUGCACAACAUCGCACUGAUUGAGCUGGUAGAACCGGCUAACGUUACCGAGCGUUUAAUCAGCCCGAUCUGCAUGCCAUUGAUAGAGGAGCUACGAAACAGUACGUCACUCGAACUACUGGUACCACCAUCCUUCUUAAUCCAUCAAAGCACCCAGUUGCAGCCGCUCGAUCUGCUCAACUGUCAGGAACGGUUUACGCAACUGAGAGCCAACGUUACCUUGAACAGUCGAUCACGCUGUGCGGUAGCACUGGCUACGGACGCAGCGGAGCCGGCUGUGUUAUAUGCGGGCACUCCACUUCAAACCUUACUGAGGGUUGGAAGCAAGAAGCGUUAUUUUCUAAGCGGUAUAAACAGUUUUAUGCAUCUCGUGAACUACAUAAAUCCAAGUGCGCCGUAUCUGUUUACCGAUACCAAUGCGUACCUGGACUGGAUACUGGAAAACAUGCAGCUUAAUGGUAGUGUGCCCACAGAAACAUCGCCCAAUGUGAAGCGUGUGGAUCCUCCUCCGACACAAAACACAUCCAGAAGAAGACUGUUCAAUUUCAAAACUUGCGGGGCCUACACGAAGGGAUCCAGCGCGAACGCAACGUACGAGACAGAGCCGUGGCAUGGAUUUGUGCACAACUGGAAUCCGGUGUUCAAUUCGACUUUUUUUAUACAAUGUUCCGUUGUGCUGGUGAGUGAAUGGUAUACGAUUGGUGUUGCGAGCUGCUUAAACCCAGAUAUCAAGCUUUGGGUUCAAUUUGGAAGCUAUGGUACGAGUUUAUGGGGUGGCUGUUGGGACCAAGAUGGAACGAGGAUAUGCCGGCCUAAGACGUACGAGAUCGCUGUCGAGAGGAUCGUCGUUCAUCCACAAUACAACAUAAUCGGUUACAAAAACGACAUUGCGCUGGUUCAGCUGGCCACUCCGGCAGAUAUAUCGCAACCAAACGUGCAACCGAUAUGUUUGCCCAUUCUGGACGAGGUGCGCAGUUAUUCUGUAUCCAGCUUAGCGAUGGUCACGAUGGGUUUGGAGAAUUUUACGUUGCUCACGUGCAAGGUUAACGGUACCCAGUUCGUUCCGUCUACCGAGUGUCAACGACGUUGGGAUGGAAUGGCACUGAAUAUACAGAUCGAGCAAACGAAACAAUGCAUCCUGGUGGUGCGAGACCCACAGAACGAAUGCUAUCCCACACUUCCGGGCUUUCCGUUGCACACGACACAACAAUUGUUUGGAGAGCAACGUCACUUUUUACGAGGGUUAUUCUCGCUGCGACCAGAGCUAUGUAGCAGUUACUAUCCUGCGAUCUAUACCGAUGUGGAUGUGUAUCUGGACUGGAUACUGGAUAACAUGGAUGAACGGCUUGGGAUAUCCAGAUUGCCGUACAAUUUGAAACAACACUUAAUUUUCACAGAAAAGUAGUAAAUAUAUACUUUGAAGAAUAGCUUUUCCUAAAACGUGGUGACUUUUCAAGACCCCGUGCUAAGUUUAACGGGGCUUCUCCCACAUAUGGCGUAGAAGGAUCGAGAAUAAACUUAACAAUAAAACAAAACAUGCAUAAGUUAGUACUAUUCAACAUAA